AUGGGCAGCGCGGAGCACGCAGUCAAAGAGAAACUGCUGUGGAACGUGAAAAAGGAGGUGAAACAAAUCAUGGAGGAGGCUGUCACCAGGAAGUUUGUUCACGAAGAUAGCAGCCACAUCAUUGCUCUGUGUGGUGCAGUGGAGGCUUGCCUCCUGCAUCAGCUGAGACGCCGUGCCGCCGGCUUUCUGCGCAGUGACAAGGUAGCAGCUCUGUUCACCAAGGUGGGGAAGACGUUCCCAGUAGCUGGGGAGAUUUGCCACAAGGUACAGGAGCUACAGCAACAAGUAGAGGGCAGGAAACCCUUGGUGAGUAACCAGGAAGCCCUGCGGAGACAGGGCUCUGCCAGUGGGAAGGCCCCGGCCCUCAGCCCACAGGCCCUGAAACACAUAUGGGUACGCACAGCGCUCAUCGAGAAGGUGCUGGACAGGGUCGUGCAGUACCUGGUGGAGAACUGCAGCAAGUACUAUGAGAAGGAGGCGUUACUGGCAGACCCUGUGUUUGGUCCCAUCUUGGCCUGUCUUCUAGUGGGACCCUGUGCCUUGGAGUACACCAAACUCAAGACAGCCGACCACUACUGGACGGACCCUUCUGCUGAUGAGCUGGUCCAGAGGCACCGAAUCCGGGGUCCCUUUAACCGCCAGGACUCCCCUGCGAAGCGCCCAGCCCUAGGAAUCCGGAAGCGGCACUCAAGCGGCAGCACCUCGGAGGACAGGCUAGCUGCCUGCGCCCGCGAGUACGUGGAGUCCCUGCACCAGAACUCCAGGACGCGGCUGCUCUAUGGCAAGAACAACGUGCUGGUGCAGCCGAAGGAGGACAUGGAAGCUGUCCCUGGCUACCUCUCCCUGCACCAGUCUGCAGAGAGCCUAACUCUGAAGUGGACUCCCAACCAGCUCAUGAACGGGACUCUGGGGGACUCCGAGCUGGAAAAGAGCGUUUACUGGGACUAUGCCCUGGUUGUGCCCUUCAGUCAGAUUGUCUGCAUCCACUGCCACCAGCAAAAGAACGGUGGCACGCUCGUACUGGUGAGCCAGGAUGGCAUCCAGAGGCCACCGCUGCACUUCCCACAGGGAGGCCACCUGCUGUCCUUUUUGUCCUGCCUGGAGAAUGGUCUUCUGCCUCGAGGGCAGCUAGAGCCCCCGCUCUGGACCCAGCAGGGGAAGGGGAAGGUGUUCCCCAAGCUACGGAAACGCGGCAGCACGCGGCCCGCAGAUGCGGAGGAGAUGGGCACAGGGUGGGCCACCGACUACGUGUUCCGCAUCGUUUACCCUGGUCACAGGCACGAGCACAUCACUAUUAACUACCACCACCUAGCGGCCAGCCGCGCGGCCUCGGUGGACGAUGAUGAGGAAGAGGAGGAUAAACUACACGCGAUGCUCUCAAUGAUCUGCUCGCGGAACCUCACAGCUCCCAAUCCGAUGAAAGAUGCUGGUGACAUGAUCGAGAUGCAGGGCUUUGGGCCCAGCCUUCCGACCUGGCACCCAGAACCCCUGUGUAGCCAGGGCUCCUCCUGUCUCUCCUGCUCCACUGGCAGCUCGCCAUAUGCAACUCCCAGCCACUGCAGCUGUGUCCCCGACCGGUUGCCCCUCAGGCUACUGUGUGAGAGCAUGAAGAGGCAGAUCGUGUCGCGGGCCUUCUACGGCUGGCUGGCCUACUGCCGCCACCUGUCCACCGUGCGGACCCACCUGUCAGCGCUGGUGCAUCACAGCGUCAUCUCGCCUUCCCGGCCCCCGGGGGCCUCGGGGGGCCUCACCAAGGAUGUGUGGAGCAAGUAUCAGAAGGACGAGAAGAACUACAAGGAGCUGGAGCUGCUGCGGCAAGUUUACUACGGAGGUGUGGAGCACGAGAUCCGCAAGGACGUCUGGCCCUUUCUGCUUGGCCACUACAAGUUUGGCAUGAGCAAGAAGGAGAUGGAGCAGGUGGACGCAGUGGUGGCAGCAAGGUACCAGCGAGUACUGGCGGAGUGGAAGGCCUGCGAGGUGGUGGUGAGGCAGCGGGAGCGGGAGGCUCACCCAGCCACACUCACCAAGUUCUCCUCAGGCAGCAGCAUCGACAGCCACGUGCAGCGCCUCAUCCACCGAGAUUCCACCAUUAGCAAUGACGUGUUUUUCUCUGUGGAUGAGCCGGAGCCCCCGAAGCCCCCAGGCACUGAAGACUGCAGACCAGAGCCUGAGGAGGGCCCGGGAGCGGGGUCCCCGGGCGCCGUGGUGGUGGAGCAGCAGCAGUCAGUGGAGUUCGAUUCUCCAGACUCAGGACUGCCUUCCUCCCGCAAUUACUCCGUGGCCUCGGGCAUCCAGUCGAGCAUAGAUGAGGGGCCGAGUGCGGGCUUCGAGGAGGACUGCGGUGGGGAGGAAGGCUCCGAUGGGCCGGUACCCUCAGUCCACACUUUCUCCGAGCCCCAAGAUCCCAGCCAGGAGGCGGCCUCGGAGGCAGGGGAGGAGCUCGCGGCCGUGUGCACCUCUGCCUACACUAUAGAACUCCUGGACACUGUGGCCUUAAAUCUGCACCGCAUUGACAAGGAUGUGCAGCGAUGCGACCGCAACUACUGGUACUUCACACCCCCCAACCUCGAGAGGCUCAGAGACAUCAUGUGCAGCUACGUGUGGGAACACCUGGACAUGGGCUAUGUGCAGGGCAUGUGUGAUCUGCUGGCACCUCUGCUGGUCAUCCUGGAUAAUGAUCAGCUGGCCUACAGCUGUUUCAGCCACCUUAUGAAGAGGAUGAGCCAGAACUUCCCCAACGGGGGUGCCAUGGACACCCACUUUGCUAACAUGCGCUCCCUCAUCCAGAUCCUGGACUCAGAGCUGUUUGAACUGAUGCAUCAGAAUGGAGACUACACCCACUUCUACUUCUGUUACCGCUGGUUCCUCCUGGAUUUUAAGAGAGAGCUGCUCUAUGAAGAUGUGUUUGCUGUGUGGGAGGUGAUCUGGGCGGCCCAGCACAUCUCAUCGGAGCACUUCGUCCUGUUCAUUGCCCUGGCCCUGGUGGAGGCCUACCGCGAGAUUAUCCGGGACAACAACAUGGACUUCACUGACAUCAUCAAGUUCUUCAAUGAACGAGCUGAGCAUCACAAUGCCCAGGAGAUCCUGCAGAUUGCCCGGGACCUCGUCCACAAGGUGCAGAUGCUCAUAGAGAACAAGUGAGGGCUGCAACCCAAGGCAGCAGCCGGUCGGAGUCUGGGCCCCGGGUCCUCCGGGUGCCCCGGGCCCCGCAGGGAGAGGUGCAGGGGCGUCACAGCAGAGACCGCCCCAGCUCUCAGCCAAGCCUGCCUGCCCGCCUGUGUUCCUAACAAAGUGCU